UGGCUAACGAGGAAGAGUGAAUGGCGAGACCUGUGGCACUGGCUACCCGUUCUGGACAAAACACAGAAUUUCGCAUGCAUUGGCAAGUAUAGUAACCAAGUGUAUACGUACAGCAAUUCUUACAGCUGGCCUGCAAGCCAGGUUCAUGUACCAAUAGUUUUCUAGGCCGCUCAGAUACCAGCGUUACGCCACUCCACGCCGAAACUUGUUCGCUUGAACUUAUCAUGAAUAACACCCCAACUUCUCGGGCCACUCCGCCAGGUUUCAGACGCUCAUCUAGUGUCGCCACGUCGCUUCCCUCCGCGAAGAGCGUUUCUACAGCCCGUCCAGCGCUGGCUUCUGUCCGUGCCCCAAAUUCACAGGGUACAGCUGUAUCACGGCGCUCUUCUUUGAAAGCAGCGCCAGCAAUGAGAGCAGAUCCAGAGUUUCGUGAGUCGCUGACCGUUUCUCUGAAGCAUGAGACCGAAAAGAAGGAACAGUUGCUUGUCCAAGUCCAAAUCAAGGACCAGAUGAUUGCCAAUCUGACAGCUGAGAACGACAAUGUCAUGUCUGUCCUGAAUUUGGCGGAAUCGCGCUUGAAUGAUCUGUACGCUGAUCAGGCGCGCAUGGAAGAAGAGAUGGCAGCCCGUAUCGAAGUCGCUGAAAAGUUGCGGACACAAGUCAGGGAGCUUGAGCGGGAGAAGCGAGAUUUGCAAAGACGAUAUAACGAGCAGACGUCAACAUUCGAGGCAGAGCGCCAGGCGUUCUAUGACAAUGAACAGCACCUCAGAUCACGUAUUCAAUCUCUUACGCAAGCCCGCAAAGUCGCUGAACCCCCCCGAUCUGCUGAUGCAACAUUUACUACGGAUUCUUCUCGCCUCGAUCGCCUUUACGCCGAUGCUGAGCUAGAGACGGAGAUAUCAGAUGUCGAUGUCCCUAGAAAUCACGAGGAACAGCACUGUUCUACUAGGCAGGACCUCAACGACCCAGAAAGCGAACCAGCUGAAAUGACCGCUCUCAAACUUGAACUCUCGACACUAUCAACAUCUUAUACAUCGUUGCAAAGUACUCUUAUACUUUUGCAAGCGCAGCUCGUGGAUUUGAAGAGAGUCAAUAACCAAUUACAAGAGGACAACGAGAGCUACAUGAUCUUGCUACGGGAGAAGACGUUAAGCGGCCAAUUUGAUCUCCUGAAGCAAGUCGGUGGCGCCCCAAACACGACGGAUGGCGGCUAUGAUGAUGAUGAGGUGGUGGCAGACGACAGCGCUGACGUAGGCAGUCUUAGGAGUACAAGCAGGAGCGUGUUGGACAGGGUUGAGGAAGAGAUGACAGAGGAUGAUGAUUUAGAGCAACGUCGCGGAGCUGAUUCGCCGUCUUCACACCGCCACGGACGUCAUGGACGCAGGAAUGACUCGGCAUCACAUUCUCCCAGUCGAGCACCGCGCGGAGAGUCUCUCGCUGACCUCCCUAUCACCGGUCCAGGACUUGACUUGGCUGCCGAGCUUGGCCGUGCUGAGAAUAAGGACAUUCUCUCCGGGGAUUCUAUCGACAGCGAUCGAUCCCUCCUUAGUAAAGGAAGACGAAAGAGGGAAUCUACGGACACCAGAAAGGUCUCCUCUGAUACCCCAGACUCAAAUUCAGACUUGGAAGCCCUACGAUCAGAGGUCAAGACUCUCAAAGAUGCCAACAAGGCACUUUCUUUAUAUGCGUCCAAGAUUAUAGACAGAAUCAUCGCAGAAGAAGGUUUCGAGCAUGUCCUCUCAGUGGACUAUGAUAAGUCUCCGACCACGCAUUCUAACUCCAAUAAGUCUCCUACUUCGGCUGUGACAACCACUGCCAGUGCACCAGCGAAGGCAUCCAAAUCUCGACCACAAUCAGCCUUUUUCUAUCGAGCAACUUCAGAUUCCGCCGCCACCCCCCGCUUCCGAGAAGACGCCAUCAAAUCUCAACGACGCUCUAUGUCUUUCGACUGGAAAAACUUUUCUAUGUUCGGCGGCGCAGAGAAGAAACCCGAACCAGCCAAUCUGCGACCUCUAACGCUGAAGCCGAGUUCCACACCCAUGACUAGCGCACGUAAACUGGAGACCUACGAAGACGAGGAGGACCGUCGGGAAAGGGAGCGGCUCCACGCAACCAUGAAACUCAUGGGCAUUGAGCAACCUGCUCCUUCCCCGUUGGUGCCUGGUCAGGCAGUGCCUAUGCAAAAGAGCUAUUCAAUCCCCGAGAGCCCUCAGACUGCUACCGCCAGUCGCUUUUCGAUUUUCAGGUCACGAUCCACUACUGGUCAUUCCGACACCUCGUCUAUUAAUUCUGGGCCUUCGGUACACAGUAGUCAUCAAUCAACGUAUGAACUUGGCCUUGCGGGUAAUGGGCCGUCUGAACUCACACAAGAGGCCCUGGAGCAAGCGGAGGCAGAGAACUCACUGGCAGCAUUGGAUGCUCAUGAGCAGAUACUCGGCGAGGAGAUUGCAAAAGGUAGAUCGGGAGGCUUUACCGAGCUAUCUCCGAGGAGCCUGGGAGAGGAGUGGAGAAGUCGCAGAAGCAGAAGCAGAAGGAGCGGAGGCGGGAGCGGGAGUACGGUUUGGAGUGCUGGGAUGAGCCGCACAGGGGAUGAACCAGAUACCUGAGAUAGGGCUUACUUGCCCUGAGUAGAUUCUGCUGCAGGACUUUCACAGUGUGGAUACACUUUGUGCAUAUACCUUAUUUACAUACCAUGAUAUACCAAUUGUACCGUGUUGUUGUAUGGCGAAUGGACCACCACCUGUAGAUCUCGCUCUACAUGAAGUCCAGUAUAAUAUUCAGAAGAAUUUGCACCGAA